UCCAGCCCCCCCGGCCCGGCGUCUUUCCCUCUCUUUCUGGGGACACACCCCGUCCCCGGCUCGGAUAGGGAGCAGCGGAGAGACCGGGCGGCCGCGCCGAGGCGGGAGAUGCUGCUCGGACCCGUCCCCGAAUGUCCUCCUGUUCCUGCCUUGUCCCCGCCCUGUCCCCGCGCUGUCCCCAAACACCUCUCGGUGACUUUCUCCUUGUCCCAGAGCUGCUCUUCGGCCAAGCCCGGGCGCAGCCCCAGCAGGUCAACGGCGUCCUGGGGGGGUCGGUGCUGCUCUCCCCGGCUCUGCCCCCCAACAAGACGGUGAAGGAGAUCGAGUGGAGCUUCUCCGCCGGCACCGGGGCCAUGAUCCAGGUGGCGGAGUUCAGCCGCGGCGGGUUCGAGCGCCCCGAUCCCAGGGAUCGCUUCGGGAAGCGGCUGGAGAGGUACAACGAGACGGCGCUGAGGAUCCGGGCCCUGGAGAGGGGAGACAGCGGCGUCUACGGGGCGAGGAUUAAACUGCACCCGGCGCUGGUGGAGGAUCAAACCUUCAACCUCUCCGUCUACGAGUCGGUGCCGAGCCCCCGGACCCGCAGCCAGCUCCUGGCCAGCACCUUGGAAUGGUGCAACCUGACCCUGCAGUGCCAGGGCUCCGGGAAAGGCGCCGUGAACGUCACCUGGAAGCGCGACAGCCUCACCGGGGACCUGAUCCCAGAUCGCCACCAGCUGUCCCCGGACGGGACCACCCUGAGGGUCAACCUGCCCCCCACGGCCGCCAACGUCACCUACGCCUGCACCGUCAGCAACCCCGCCGACCAAAAAGUCGCCCUGUUCGACCUGCAAACCAUCUGCCAGGGCGGAGGGGGACAAACGUCCUUCUCGACCUCGGGGUACAUCGUGCUGACCCUCAUCCUGCUGGCCGUGAGCCUGGGGGGGGCCUUCUGGUGCUGGAGGAUGAACAGCGAGAAGGCGUCGGAUCCAGCCGCCACCCCCACGGUGGCCGCCGAGGAAAGCCCCUCGGAGCCCCAGUACACCGACAUCGUGUGCCGGAGCCCCCCGGAAGGUAAUGACCAGGGCCCGAGUCACCCCGAGAAUAACCAGGAGCAGAGCUCGCCGCAGAAAGCGCCGGCGGCCGCCCCCGGCGAGGAGCAGCAGCAGGGCCAGGCAGCGCCAGGGGACACGGCCGAGGAGGUGACACCGAGCGGCUGCGGAGAGAGCGAGAGCGGGGCCGGCGCCGAGCGAGCCGCCCGCGGGCAGGACGGGGCUGCGCUGUGGGAACCGUCUGUCGCUGCCCCCGGGGGAGGCUGCGGGGGGCUCCUGGCGGCUUUCGGGGUCUCAGGGCCCGAGUGGAGCCACUCGGUGCCCCCCAGGGAUGGGGAGGGGGGGGGUUGCAUAGCUGAGCUGUCCCAGAGCGCUGGGGUGGAGGGUCCCUGUCCCCACCACGGGGGAGUUUUCCGAAGGUUUAAACCCGAAACCCGCCCCGGUUUCAGCCCCACACGGUGCUGCGGCCCCUCGGACCCGGCAGGUGAACGGUGUCCUGGGGGGGUCCGCGCUGCUCUCCCUGGAUCUGCCCCCGACAAGAAGGUGAAGGCGGUCGAGUGGACAUUUUUAGGUGUCAGCAGUGUCGAGAUCCUGGUGGGCGAGUUCAGCCCCAGUGGAUUCGAGCGCUCCGACCCCCAGGAUCGAUUCGGGGACCGGCUGGAGAUGAACAAGACGGCGCUGAGGAUCGGGACCCUGGAGAGGGGCGACAGCGGCGUCUACGAGGCUCGGAUUAAACUGGCCCCGGCGACCGUGGAGACACCGCUCUUCACCCUCUCCGUCUACGGUGGGUUUGUUUGCAGAGCAGCGGUUCCUGGAAGCGGCUUUACAACCCCCGGCAGCCGGAGGUGUGAGCGCUGGGAAAGGGGAAGGGAAACCGCUCCGGGCGCCGCGCGCCCGUCACGGGGAUUGUCCCGGCUCCGGGACCAACCGCGACCCCGGCGCUUCCCCUUUUCCUCGCUCUGCCCUUCCACCUCCCCCUCCCCGGGCCGUGGGACAGGUUUGUUUGCUCCUCCGACAGAGCCGGUGCCGGAGCCGCAGAUCCAGGGGCAGCGGCUCUCCCUCACCCGGGAGUGCAACCUCACCCUGCGGUGCCAGGCGCCCCCGGGCAGCAAUGCCACAGUCACCUGGCAGCUCGGGAGCUCUCUGGGGGUGCCACAGGCACAGCUCUGCGGGGACAACCAGACCCUGUGCCUGGCCCUGCCCGUCGCUGCCUUCAACUCCACCUACACCUGCCUGGCCCGGAAUCCCGCCCAGGAGCGGAAUGUCUCCCUCCACCUGGACACCCUGUGCCAGCAGCAGGGUAAAAAGACCCUCCUGUACCCGGAUUCACCCCCCCAGGAGGUGAAUUCACCCCCCCUGGCACCCAGCACGGGUUGUCCCUGCAGACACGGGGGCCUGGCAGAGGAGACACGUGUGCCUGUGCUGGGGCCGUGGGCAUUUUGGCCCUGCUUGGCAUCGCCUGGAUCUGGAGGAGGAGGAGGAGGAGGAAGAAGUCUGAGGGAGGGUUGUCAGGCACUGGAAGGGAACAGGGACAAGAGGAAAAGGCCUCAGGCUGCCCCAGGAGAGGUUCAGGUGCCCUCUCCCCCCUCUCCAGCGAGGAUCCCCCACCAGAGCUCUUGUACUCUGAGAUCCAGAGGAGAAACUCCCCGGAGCCUCGGGAGUGGCAGGACGGGCCCAGGACCAUCUACUGCGAGGUGCGGGGGAAGGUGUGACCUGGAGAGUCCCAGCAGGACCCCCGGAGCAGGACGGGACCACCGACCCCCCCGUGUGACACCGGGGCUGACGGACACCUGAGUCCCCCCGAGGUGUCCCCUCCUGUCCCCACCCGUGCUCUGGGAGCAGGGCUGGCCUGGGGGGGCUCCCACAUCCCCCCCCCGUGUUUUGGAUGCCCAGUGACUCCAAUAAAGGCGGAGGAAGGAGA